AUGAGUUCCAGAGGUCUCUUUUUCCUAGUGAUCUUCUCUCUUUCAGCCUUGUCUGGUUUUUUAGCAGAAAAUGAGGAACCAGCAGGGCUUGUAAUGAACUACUACAAAGACACUUGCCCACAAGCUGAAGACAUCAUUAAAGAACAAGUGAAGCUUCUUUACAAACGCCAUAAGAACACUGCUUUUUCUUGGCUCAGAAACAUCUUCCAUGACUGCUUUGUUGAGUCAUGUGAUGCAUCUCUAUUGCUGGAUUCAACAAGGAGGGUUUUGUCUGAGAAGGAGACUGAUAGGAGCUUUGGAAUGAGAAACUUCAGAUACAUUGAGACUAUAAAGGAGGCUUUAGAGAGGGAAUGCCCUGGAGUUGUCUCCUGUUCAGACAUUCUUGUCUUGUCUGCAAGAGAUGGAAUCGUUUCGCUUGGAGGGCCAUACAUUCCUCUUAAAACUGGAAGAAGAGAUGGUAGAAAAAGCAGAGCAGAUAUACUUGAGCAAUACCUUCCAGACCACAAUGAAAGCAUGAGUGUUGUUCUUGAGCGGUUUGCCAAUAUUGGAAUCGAUGCCCCCGGAGUUGUUGCUUUACUAGGUGCUCACAGUGUCGGUCGAACCCACUGUGUCAAGCUGGUUCACCGUUUGUAUCCAGAGGUGGAUCCUGCGCUCAACCCCGACCACGUUGAGCACAUACUCCACAAGUGCCCUGAUGCAAUCCCCGACCCUAAGGCUGUCCAAUAUGUGAGGAAUGACCGUGGCACACCUAUGAAACUCGACAACAAUUACUAUAGGAACAUAUUGGAUAACAAGGGAUUGUUGAUUGUGGAUCAUCAACUAGCCACAGACAAAAGGACCAAGCCAUUUGUUAAGAAAAUGGCCAAGAGCCAGGACUAUUUCUUCAAGGAGUUUUCUCGAGCAAUCACCAUUCUCUCCGAGAACAACCCUCUUACUGGAACACAAGGGGAAAUCCGAAAGCAAUGCAAUCUUUCCAACAAGAACCACUAG